AUGACGAAAUCUAGGUCAGGAGGCGACGACGAGUAUGACUGGGCUGGAUCAUACCAUCUUGCUCCCCUGUAUCUGGCCAACAGCAGCCAUGGCGAGGAUGUGUCACAAUACUUCUCUAAAUCUGGAACCAUGAACUCAGUAAGAAAAAACCCAAGGGAUCUAAUCCUUCUCACAUCACAAGUUACUGUAUGGGUCUAUUUAAGUUAUGACAGCAUCCGUCUACCAGACUGCAAGAUUCAUCUCUUCCAAAGGGUUUCAUUGCUUCCCAGAUACUCCGUGUUGUGUGUGGGCAGAAAUGCCGAGUCCACCAGUCACCUUAUCCACCUUUCCCCUCGCAGGCACCAGCACCAGCACGGACAGUCCCUGAAUUUACAGCAAACUUCAGAACAGGCCGGGGCAAAUGGUGAUGGACCAGUCUGCCCGAUGAUGGACCAGUCUGAUAAUGGACCAGUCUUCCUGAUGGUGGACCAGUCUUCCUGA